CUUGUCCCCGUCGCCAGUCGCCACCGCUCCUCUCCCUGCCCACCCCGAAAUGGAUCCCGCGCCGGCGACCCCUCGCUGGAACCUGGAGCGCCCCUACCUCACCGGACGGUUCCACCAGGUACGUCCUUCCUCUUGCCAGCAAUACCCAACCCGCCCCUCCAGUAUUGCUGCGCCGGCCUCACAUCCCCCCCUCGUGCCAUGGCAGGAGGCGAAGGUGUCCGCGGCGUCGCAGGCGCCCGGAUCCAAGCCUUUCUCUAUCGACUCCUUCAGCCGCGGAGCUGGCGGCGGCGCUGGGAGUGUCCUCGGGUCGUACGCUGUUUCUGUGCAGGAGCUUUUAGUUAUUGAUGAUUUGCUAUCAGCUCUGGUGGGUAUUGAGGGAAGAUACAUUUCCAUUAAGAGAGUACGCGGAAAGGAGGGAUAUGUUGUCUUCCAGAUUGAUUCUUCAAUGGACCUUGCACUCCAGGAGUUGACUCGUCGAAUUUUCCCCUUAUGUGAAGAUUUCGUGCUAGCAAGCCAGUUUGUGGAGUCCAGGUCACAUUUCAAAAAUGGUUUGGUCAACCAUGCUCUAGCGGCAGCUCUAAGGGCAUUCCUCCUGGAUUAUCAGGCAAUGGUUGCUCAACUGGAGCAUCAAUUCCGUUUUGGAAGGCUCUCUGUUCAAGGAUUAUGGUUCUUUUGUCAGCGGAUGAUGAGUUCAUUGAAUGCACUGGCUGUUCUAAUAGAGAAGGCUAUGUCCAAUAAUACUAGUGGUUCGGCGACACUUAAUCUACUUCAUAGUCAGGCAAAGGCGAUGUCUGGCGAUAGUGCUGUUCGGUCAUUACUGGAGAAGAUGACCGAUUGUGCAAGUGCAGCAUACCUCAGGAUGUUGGAAAGAUGGGUGUAUGAGGGUGUCAUAGAUGACCCUUAUGGUGAAUUCUUCAUUGCUGAAAACAAAUCUCUGCAGAAGGAGAGUCUCACUCAGGAUUAUGAUGCCAAAUAUUGGCAGCAACGGUACAGCCUAAAAGAUGGCAUCCCUAGUUUUCUCAACAAUGUUGCCGCCACCAUUCUAACAACAGGAAAGUAUCUUAAUGUCAUGAGAGAAUGUGGGCACAAUGUUCAGGUUUCCCUGUCAGAAAACUCUAAGCUGACGAGCUUUGGUUCAAACCACCAAUAUCUUGAGUGCAUCAAAUCUGCUUAUGAUUUUGCAAGUGGUGAGCUCUUGACUCUAAUGAAAGAUAAGUAUGAUCUCAUUGGGAAACUGCGAUCAUUGAAGCGCUAUCUACUUCUUGACCAAGGUGAUUUUUUGGUUCAUUUUAUGGAUAUUGCCCGAGAGGAGCUUACAAAGAAACCAGAAGAUAUAUCCGUUGAAAAACUUCAGUCUCUUGUUGACAUUGCGUUGCGAAGUACAGCAGCUGCUUCUGAUCCAAGUCAUGAAGAUUUGACUUGUUGCGUUGAAAGAAGUUCCCUGCUUAAAAAGCUGACAACCUUGAAAGACCUGGACUGUGCUUACUCUUCAGACAAGCUUGCCGCAGCUGAUGUUGAUCAGCCCGUGACAUUAAACAUAACUGGCUUGGAAACAUUCUGCCUUGGCUACAAGAUUCCAUGGCCACUAUCUCUUGUAAUUUCAAGGAAGGCUUUAACAAAGUAUCAAUUGAUCUUUCGUCUAUUGUUUCACUGCAAACAUGUUAGUCGCCAAUUGUGUCAAGCGUGGCAGAUCCAACAAGGCUUCCGGUCUGUCAAGAUUCUUGGAACACCAAUUCUACGGUCAUCAAUUCUUUGUCGCAGCAUGCUCAAGUUUGUAAACAGCCUUCUACAUUAUCUAACUUUUGAGGUUCUUGAACCAAACUGGCAUUCAAUGCAUGGCCGCCUUCAAACUGCAAGGAGCAUCGAUGAGGUCAUCCAGAUACACGAUUUCUUCCUCCAGAAGUGUCUAAAAGAAUGCUUGCUGUUGUUGCCUGAGCUCCUCAUGAAAGUUGAGAAGCUGAAAGCAUUAUGCCUCCAAUACGCGACCUCCAUCCAGCUCUUGAUACCGUCCAUCGAGGUCGCUGCUCCCGAGAGCAAAUCGAAAUCCGGGUCGUCGAGAGCAAGAGCCAAGAGAUCACAGGACAGAGACGAGCAACUGAAGCUAGCAUCGGAGAACGCCGUGAUGUCGCAGUCAAUCCUGAAGUUUGAGUCGGAGUUCAACGCGGAGCUCCAGAGCCUAGUUCCUACGCUGAGCAAGAGCUCGCAGGCCGAGCCGUACCUGACCCAUCUCGCGCAGUGCAUUCUCGGCGUCGGGAUCGACCAGUGUGCCCAGUUGCCCACCCACCCGCAGUUAGCUCACUUCCCACUCACACACUCCUUCACUGCCCAGUACCCACCCCACUGCUCCUGCUCGUUUCCACCCCCACCCCCACCACCAGCAGGUCCGGCACCACCACAGCAAGACGAGAAAACCACCACAAGCACACGCGGCAGUAGGAUCCGGCGGGCAGGCGCGCGCACCAGAGCAUCGCGCCGGAGAGAGCCGGCGAUGGCAGUCGGGGGGCGACGCGCGGCGGCGUGCGGGCGCUGGUGCCUGGUGAUCCUCGCCGUGGCCUCCGCGCUCGGCGUCUCCGGGCCCGCGCUCUACUGGCGCUACAAGAAGGGCUUCUCCGCCUCCGCCUCCGCCGCCGCCGCCUCCGCCCCCUCCUGCCCGCCCUGCACCUGCGACUGCCCGCCGCCGCUCUCCCUCCAGUCCAUCGCGCCAGGGCUCAUGAACUUCUCAAUUUCAGCUUGCGGCACAGAUGACCCUGAGCGUAUCAAGGAGAUGGAGAAGCAGUUUGUUGAUCUCCUCAACGAGGAACUCAAGCUGCAGCAGGUUGUAGCUGAGGAGCACAUCCAUCACAUGAAUGCCACACUUGUCGAGGCAAAAAGGCAGGCUACCCUUUACCAGCGAGAGGCGGAGAAAUGUAAUGCGGCUACGGAGACUUGCGAGGAAGCCAGGGAGAAGUCUGAGGGGGCAAUCUCAAAGGAGAGGAAACUGACAGCACUGUGGGAACGCCGAGCUCGCGAAUCAGGUUGGCAGGAUUCGCGAGCCACGACCACGGCACGAUAGCUUGAUGAGCAGUUUGCUUCUGCAGGUAAAAGUACUUGCAGCAGACAUCUUGCCGAACCAAGCAGUAUUAGCUGUACGGGUCCACGUGUAAUGUUUGCCAGUGUAUUAUCAGUUGUCCCAGUUGAAGUAUAGAGUUACUCUAGACACUGUAGAUUCCUUAUAAAUGUAACUAGUAUACAUUGUUUGAAUACCCAAGCUUUAUUGUAACGUAUAUUGAAGACAGUCAGUGUAGUGUUGUGGCUGUAGAUCAAAAGGCGGUUUUCUUCUCUCGAUGAAAUUCAGUAAUGCACACAUCUGUGUAGCUUGAAGCUAUUUUUA